AUGGGAUCCACCGAUUACAAGUUUGAAGGUUGGAUGGGCCUUGACCCGGAGUCUGCCAAGGGCAAGAUGGUCUGGCAGGAGUUCGAGCCGAAGCCAUGGGAGGAGACAGAUAUCGACAUGCGAGUGACGCACUGCGGUAUCUGUGGCUCUGAUAUGCAUACUCUGCGCAGUGGAUGGGGCCCUACUCUCUACCCAUGCUGCGUCGGACACGAAGUGGUUGGAGUCGCCGUCCGAGUUGGCUCCAAGGCCGAGGGGAACAUCAAGGUUGGAGAUCGUGUUGGUGUUGGUGCGCAGAGCGGAUCUUGCCUGAACGUCAAUGGCGACUGCGAAGCCUGCGCCAACGGCCUUGAGCAACACUGCAACCGCCUGGUCGGAACAUACAAUGGUACCUAUGCCAACGGUGGCAAGUCGUAUGGUGGUUAUUCGCUGUACAACCGAUCCCCGUCGCACUUUGUGAUUAAGAUCCCCGAUGCCAUCCCCUCUGCUGAGGCUGCGCCCAUGCUUUGCGGUGGUAUCACCACAUACUCUCCUCUGCGCCAGCACGGCUGUGGCCCCGGUAAGAAGGUUGGCAUCGUUGGUGUUGGUGGCCUGGGUCACUUUGGUAUUCUCUUCGCCAAGGCCCUGGGUGCUGACCGUGUUGUUGCCAUUUCUCGCAAGGCCAACAAGAAGGAGGAUGCGUUGAAGCUGGGUGCUGAUGCUUACAUUGCGACCGACGACGAUGCUGACUGGGUAAAGAACAAUGCCCAGUCUCUGGACUUGAUCAUCUGCACCGUUUCAUCGUCGAAGAUGCCCAUCACCGGAUAUUGCCAGCUCCUGCGCACUCGCGGCACACUCGUCCAGUUGGGUGCUCCCGAAGACGGCGGUCUUGAGAUCCCAGCUUUCGCCUUGAUUGGCAGGGGCAUCAAGCUUGGUGGUUCUAUUAUUGGUAGCCCCGACGAAAUUCGGGAGAUGCUGGACCUUGUCGUGGCCAAGAACGUCAAGCCCUGGGUUGAGGAGCGGCCCAUGAAGGAUGCCAACCAGGCGAUCCAGGAUAUGAAUGAUGGCAAGGCUCGUUAUCGUCUGGUGUUGAAGAACGAGUGGUAA